AUGGACUACUCGAUUGUGCGGAAAAACGAGUCAUUGGCCUUGUCGAAAUGGACAGCUCGAGACCAGAUACUACUGAAAGUCGGGAUGACCCGUAAAACUACGGUUUUGGCGCGACUUUUGGAGUGGGAAAAUAGCUGCAAGCACCCUGUGACCGGGAUCGACCUGGCCAAAGUCAACCAGCUUUACCAAGCCUCCUCACAACGCAAAAGCACCAGCUCAUCGCUAGUUCGUCUUUUCCAGAAAUUAUCGCUUUCUAGCGACAAAAAAGCCGGGAAAAGAGCCGACGGCACUGUUUCGAUCCCCGGGUUCCGCGACGGAGGCUUCUACGUAGCGAACGGGCGGUCUUUGGAGCUUAUAGAGACACAAAUCCACCAAUUACUGUGGAAUAGAUACGGACAAGGUUUGAUCCACUGCUACGGGUGCAAGAACCAUCUGGACCAGCCCAAAAGACACCGAGAAUGGUUCAUGGUGCCGCUAGACCAAGUCCCAGAAAUAUUCAGAGCCAUUGGGGCCAUUUGUAGCGGGUCUUGA